AUGGAAUUUGGUCCAGAUCGGAAAGUGAAGAAGAUCAAACCAAAUGAAAUUAAUGAGGAGGCGAAACCCGUUCCGAGUGAUGUCUCACAUGAUUUGCAGUCUCAGGCUCAACAACGAACUCCCGAACGUCAAUUCAGUCCAUUAACUACUAGUGAAACGGAAGCGGAAAUAGCUUACAGUGAUUCGUGCGACGAAAAAAUCUCCUCAACUUCCCUUACAAACUUCUUCAAGACUUCGCAACAGUCAUUUACAGAGUCCGAAAUAGAUACAGCCAAGACAGUCGACUCAAGUAUCUCUUGUAUUAGUAGAGAACAAAAACCAAAGAACCCCAGAAAAUACAUCAACCGUGACAUUGCAGACGAAGUAUUGAAAGCCUACCAAACACGUGUUCUACCAGGCGAAAGGUUGAUGUACAAUGGUGUUGAUAUACUGGAUUUUGCCCGAUCAACAAUGAAGAAAAAUGACUCUGCAAAAAGUUCCCUUUCCAUUAAUGUUGUCAAUAUUCACAACAACGACUGUGUUAAAUUUUUAUCUCCGAAUUUCAAAAAAUUUAUUGCAGACCAAAUUCAAGAUUACGAGAGUGAUGCUGUCUAUUUUGCUGAUGGGCGAUACAUUGACAAAUUCGUGAUGGAUUGUGAUAGGGAGGCAUUACAUUUCUUGGAAAAAUUCAACGAGAUAGGAGAUUUGGAAUCUCUGGCGAAAUGUUUGGAUGAGAACCCAAUCAAAAGCGCGUAUGUUUGGACCCCGUUGCUCGGAAAUGCAUUUCUUGGGAGGGAAGAUUUAAAAUUAAGCUGUGGUGAGCUGGCGUCUAGAUCGUACGAAAAGCUUAAGGAAGUGUUGAAUAAUGCCAACCGAAGUGCCCCUAAACUCGAUGGCAAAGGAUUCUUUAAAUCCUUGGGCACUGAAAUAAUAGCUCAAGAAGACGGAGUCUUAAAUACACAUAACAAAAGAACGGGCGAUCUACAAAAAUUGGAGGUUUGCUCUAAAGUAAUUCUUACAACUCUAUUCUUUGCGUUGCCAUCCAACUCCAAGGCCGACAUUACCGAUAUAGAGACAUAUAGCCUUCAGUCGAAUGGAUUUCGACUUAAGAUCUCCGCGUCCAAGUAUCUUUUCGAAGAUACUAUAGUAACAAUGGAUUUGCAACACAUAGAGGUCCCAAAGACCGUGGAGGGAUUUUCAAAGUUAGUGGUGGGCGUAAAAUCAAUUCUGUCCUGGAAGGAGCGAACAAGAAAAAAUACGGCAUCAUUAUACAGUGCUUUAAACAAAGCCACCAACGUUUGA